AUGGGGCCCCAGCUGCCGGGGAAAGAGGAGGAGCCCAGGCAGAAGCAGUCAUCUUGGGCCCCCCAGGAAGGGCCCGAGGAGCCGCAGGCAGGCCAGGAUCAGGCCAAGCCAGGAAGUGAGCUGCGGGUGCUGCCUUCCAAGGUCCCCACUGCACAUGAAGAGAUGCAGAAGCAGGGGUCAGAGAAGGAGACUGAGGACCUGCAGGAGAGACAGCAGAACCCAGGGACCGUGGAGUGUCAGGCCCCUGACAGCUGCCAGGUAACCUGUGGACAGCAACUGGAACACAAGUCCCCCAAGGAGGGGGACAUUAGUCCCCAGGGGGCUCUGCCAGAGCCUGGUUCAGGUGGACAUGAGGACAGCUUCCAGGAAGCGAUGCCCCCAGUGCCCAUGACAACUCCGAAGGAAAAGACUGCCAACUCCUUCCUGCCAUCCACGCCAGGACCUAACACAUCCGAAGGAGGGGGCAAGGCUGUGGAGACCAAGCCAGUACCGGGGCCUGUUCCUCUGCCAGAGGUGAGGGACACUCGAGAAAGGAGGGAGCUGGACAAUGCCCAGAAGCAGCCUCAGGAGCCCACAGUGGCCACGGGUGCCCCGAACCUUGGGGCCACCAGGCAAGGCUUCAUGAAGUGCUUGCUGGAGGUGGAGGAGGAGGAGGCCACACAUCGCAGGGCAACCAAGGCCCUGCCAAACCGGAAGUCCCCCAAGACCCUGACCCCUGUGCCCACCUCAACCCCAGUUGGCAACUCAGCCCCAAACCAGCCUCCGGCCCUGCCUCAUACCCCUUCCUCGGCCCCCGCCACGGCCCCAUCCUGGGCCAGGCUGCCAGCCCCUGGGCCAAUCCCUGCCUCCGUACCCGUCACAGUCCUGCCAGCGCCUGCCCAGGACCUGGGCUGGAGAAGGACAGAACUCUUGUACCAGAGCGGUGAGAGGAGCCUGAGCUAUGCCAAGGCACGGCAGGAGCCGGGAGAGAGCGGCCUCCUCAGGUUGUGUCAGAACUGGGAGGAGCGGGCCGAGGACCAGCUCACCCUGAAGCAAGAGGAAGCCUUCCGCAGUUACUUUGAGAUCUUCAGUGGCCAAGGAAAGGUGGACGCACGCAGCCUGGAGAACAUCCUGCUCGUUAUGGGCAUCUCCCUGACGCCGGCCCAGGUGGAGGAAGCCCUGAGGAGUGCUGACAUUGAUGGAGACGGUCAUGUGGGCUUCAAAGACUUCUUGGCCGUGAUGACAGACACCAGGCGCUUCUUCUGCUCCAUGGAACAGAACGCCCUGACGGACAUGGCUCUCCCGAACCCCCACACUCUGCUCUUUGAGAUCCUGUCUCUGCUGGUGGAGAUGCUGGCCUUACCUGAAGCAGCCUUAGAGGAGAUCACCAACUAUUACCAGAGGAAGCUGAAGGAAGGCACCAGUAAGGCCCGAGAGAUGGACUCGACCAUAGGCCAUCUGCGGUCCCGGAAGAAGCUUCCCCACAACCUGCAACAGGCGGACAUCUUGGAAGUCCCAGAACGAAGGGUCCUCAGGAUCCUGAGCCGGCUGAAGCAGCAGAACUAUGCUGCCAACCUGCAGAGUCCCUAUGCUCAGGUGCCCUGCAUCCCGCUCUGCCCGAGGCUGGGCAAGAAGACGGUCCGCCGGAAACAGGGCAGCCACUACAUGCUGGACCAGUGCACCCCCACCAGACUGAGCCCUGACAUCCGUAGCCUCUUCUUCAAGUCAGGAUCUCAAGGAAGCAGGGAACACAGCUCUGACCGCCGAAAGUGGCUCAGUUCAGUGCCGGCCCGAACCCACUGACCUGCAGCGUCCUGACUCUGGGCAGCUGUUCCGUUCAAGCCUGCAGACAGGAUAUCAGGCAGGGACCACUGCUGGAGUUUGCUUUUAUGGCCUGGUAAGCCAUUAAACACCAAGAAACACAGCCUCUGUGUCUGGUGCCAGGGCCCUUACCCUCUGGGCACCCACUUGCUUCUUUGUGAUCCUGGUGUAAGAAAGACCCCCACGCCCCACCCCAGGUUUUCACCCCUCCAUCCCUCCACCCAGCCUUCCUUGGGCUCGGGAGCCCCUGAACCAAGAUGGACCUCAAAACCCUGGCCAGGGUUGGGGCUCCUGCUAGAGGUGGCCCUGGGUACAAAGUCCCGACCUGUGCACUCUGGAAGGACAGAGUUGGACUCUCCUCACGAGUUUUUGCCCUUUGGACUAGGAGCCCCACAAGGACAGGAGUUCUCUCCUCCCACCUGCUUGGAGCGGUGAACAUAAGAGAAGUAUCUGGGCAAGACCCUGACUCCUAAAACGGGCAGACCCCACGGAAGGACAGGAGCGGCCUCGGCCAUGCUCUCAUCAACAGCCCCGGGACCUAGAGGUCCCCUUCCCUUGGAGCCUAAGGGUGUGGGUCCUUGCCCCCCAAUCCACACACCACCCCAGGCUUACUUCUCCAACAGAGAGAGAGAGAGAGAGAGACUGCACCUCCCUGGGACUGAGCGCAGGCAGCUCCCCAGUGGUUAAACAAGCAGUCACAGCGAGAGGUUAGGAGGCCAGGAACUGAAAUGAGGACAAGGCUCUGACAAGUUUAAAACAUGUAUUUAAAAUACAAUUUAUAAAAUGCUUAAUCUGCCGACUCAGGAGCCCGCGGUGCGGGGUGGGGUGGGCAGCUGCCGCUAGACCAGCAGAGCAGGACUGCAGGGGUGCGGCCCCCCUCCCAUGCCCUUCUGUUCAGACACCCAGGGGGUCCAUGUGCACCCUUGGGAUCACAUGGCCAGAAAACAGGACCCCAGAGGUUUCCAGAGUUUCUGCUUCCCAGGGAGGCUGGGGCCGCCCUGCAGGCCCAUCCCUGAGCAGAGCAUCCCCAGACGGGGCAGAGCAGGGUAUGGCUGGGCUGGGCAGGGCAGGGCAGGGCGGGGCAGUGGGCUCUGGAAGGGGCUGAUGGUAGCAGAUAGGGUGUUGCCUCCUGCCUGCAGGUGGGGAGCACCCUGAUUGAGUGGGCUGAGAAGGGUUGGUCACCAGGCCCAGACCCCCAGCUCCUUUGGUUAUAGGCUGACAUCAGAGUAGUGGCUCAUGGGAAGCGGUUAGCUGGAAGGUCUGAGGCCUGGCUCAUAGGGUCAGGGAGGAGCUGGGGGAAGGGGACAGUACCAUGAAGGCAGAUAAAGGGGCAGCAGCCUCAGGUUUCUGCCUCCCUCCCCCAUCCCCUGGGGUUUUCCAAGCCAAAGCCUGCAGCUUACUUAAAAAAAAAAAAAAAAA